GCCAUUUUUUUUUAUUUUAUUAAAAAAACUGAUAAGCCUCUACACACACACAUAUGAUAAGUUAUGGUUUUGCUCAGCUUACAUGCUUGAUUGUCUUGAAUGAUUUGAUUAAUUUUAUAUAUUCGAUUAGAUUGCUAAUGAUGAUGAUUAUCAAAUGUUUUUAUGGCGAGUUUGUGUUUGUGGUGGAUGUGACGAUAUUUUUUUUUUGUAUGUUUAAAUCGUUGAAAAUUAUUUCCAUCGAUGGUUUUCUGUUGAUAUUCAUUUUAGUUUUGUGUUGUUUCGUGAAUCAAUUUUUGGAGAAAAAAAUUGUCGCCAUCAAGUUUUUUUUUCGUUGUUGUUUUCGUGAUGAUUUGUGUUGUUUAUCAUUUAUUUUGUUUGUUUAUGCAUGAACAACAGAGCCAGAAAUUCAUCGUCAAUUGAAAAAAUACCAGAAGUUAAUUUUGGAUUAGAAGCUAUAAAGAUAUAUUUCAAAUGUUUGAAAGCAUUCCAUUUGAAAUUAUUACUUGUUGCAUAUUCUGAAUCUGUCUCUUCAUUUUUCUCGAUUUUUCUCUCUUUUGAUUAAUACUAUGGAAUUAUCAAAAAUAUGUGGUGUUUGUGGUGAUAAAGCAUUGGGAUAUAAUUUCAAUGCAUUAACAUGUGAAUCAUGUAAAGCAUUCUUUCGUCGUAAUGCUCUACGUACAAAGAAAUUUCAUUGUAUCUCUGGCACAAAUGAUUGUCAAUUGGAUCCAAAAACAAGAAAAUAUUGUCGAAAAUGUCGAUUAGAUAAAUGUUUUGCGAUUGGUAUGCUUAAAGAAUGGAUAUUGACUGAUGAAGAAAAACAAUUAAAACGUCGUAAACAUCGUCAUAUUGAAAUGGUUGAUGCAGAUAGUUCAACAGCACAUAAUUUGCAACAACAACAACGACCAAUCAUUCAGUCAUCAAUGAUCAAUGAUCAAUCGAAUACAAUAAAUUCAAAUAAUAAUAUGAAUUGUAGUACCGCAAGAAUAACAUCAUUAUAA